AUGCAAAGUAGGGACAUUUCUUGCCCAGCCCCCAUCAUCAGAAAAUGCAAUGCGCAAGUGCUAAGACUCGGGUAUUUCAGUGGUUCUUCCAGAUCGCUCAAAGCCCGUCAGGCGGAGACGCGCAAAACAAACCCACGACAGUCUUCCGCGAUUCCGGAACUGUCGCCCACACGACCAACAGAUCAGCAAACGGACUCCAGUCCGCAGAACGAUGCUUCCAGGCUGCCAAGAGUGGACUCGGCUCACGCGCCCUCCGCCAGCAGGAACCUGGCCCACGAAGGCUCAGAGAUGCUUCUGGUCCGGCUGACGGACAUACGAGACAACGAUCAAGUUGAACCCCGUACCAAAGUGACCAACAAGGUCGUUUAUUUCGGGGACGAGUCCAUUUGGUUUUAUAGCCUUCGAGAGGCUCGGAACAGCAAGUCCAGAUGUUCUGUAAGUCCACAGUCUUUUAGCGCACAAUCGGUGGACAGGAACAUCCACUAUAAGGUGCCUCAGACACUAGAUGAUCAGCCUCGAGAUGUGCCGGAGGACGAUGCUGGCCUAAAGCAAGAAGAAAUCCAUUUACUCCAGCAUAAAGGGGCAUUUUCUCUGCCGCCUCUGGGCAUCCAGAGGGGACUUCUUGACGCAUACUUUUCAUGGCUUCAUCCUCUACAGCCGAUCAUCGACAAACAACAAUUCCUUUGUGUCUUCAACUCAGGUCAGGCACCCAUAAUUCUCCUCCAAGCACUGUUAUUUGCCGGCACAACCUGCUGUGACGAGAGUGUCAUCUUGAAAUAUUGGCCAAGUCGCCGAUCUGCUCAAGCUGCUCUAUACAAGCGGACCAAGGCUCUUUACGACGCCGACCAGGAACAGAAUCGUGUCACCAUUGUUCAAGUUCUGUUCUUGAUGUGUUUCUGGUGGGGCAGUCCUACGGACAACAAAGACUUUAGUCACUGGCUGGCGGCAUCCAUACAUCUGGCGCAAGUGAUGGGCAUGCAUCGAUCAACAAAACACUCUCAGCUGUCCAUCAAAGAUCGAAAACUCUGGAAACGGAUCUGGUGGACCUUAUAUGUCCGGGAUCAUUUCGACGCUGCAUCAGUCGGCCGUCCAAUGAUGAUCGACGACGACGAUUGCGAUGUUGAACCGUUGCGCGAGACUGAUUUCGAACACGGAGAAGACGAGAAGCCGCCACUCGGAGCGGGUCACUGCAUUGAAAUGACGAAAUUGGCCGCUCUGAGUAUGCGUUCAACUCUCUUGCCAAAAGCGAAUUGGGCUGAUCUCAAUAACCUGGCCGACUCUUGGAAAACGAUCGACAACGACCUUUCCGGGUGGGAAAAGCAGCUACCGGAGCAGUUCCGGUACCACGAGGGAGAGCGCAGUCCACAAUUGAAGUUGUUUGCAUCCAUGCUCACGUUGGGCCUGCAUUUUUGCAGGAUUAUACUGCACCGAAAAAUCUUCUUGGACUCGAAACCUAAAGCCGAUUCCAUCUCCAUGGCCCCAGCAUCUGCGAACGCUGUGACACGAGUCGUCGAGGAGCUAGUCACCGAAGGUCUCCUACCGCGUACACAAGUACAUUUGAUAGCAGUUAUUUUCGCCUCUUUUACAAUCCACGUUAUUUCUAUGGAACAGAGUCUAGGGGCACGAAGGCGAGUGUUGCAACACAGAGCCGAGCUCUGUCUCUUAGGACUGGGCGAAUUUCGUGACUAUUGGCCUUUUGUGGAUUGGAUGUACCGUCUGUUCAGUAAUUUGUUGCCCAGGCUGGGGCUUGAAGACGGUUCAUCUGAGGCAUCCGACAACAGGGAGCUGUGGAACAACCAGCCUCGCCCGGAAAAUAUGAUUCUGCAGGAUGACCUGAUGGACAGCACCCCCGAGGUUCCUCACGAUAAUCAGCCGACGAUAUCUCUACCCAUGUUCGACCAGAAUGCAAACUCGACGGCCGAUGUCCAGCCAGAAUUUGGCGCUCGGCAGCAGUUCAUGUCCGGCAUGUUUACAUCGGAGAACUUUUUGGAUCCUUUUAUGCCUCUUGACAAUCUCGAAUGGUAUGAUUCGAACACGGCGAGUUUAGCCUACCUGGGCGGAAGCGGAAAUACCAUGCAAUGGACUGGCGAUCCACCAUCAGCGGCGGAAAAAACAUCGCUCUCCUGA